AUGAUUCUUGUCCGAAAUACUUUCUUCGGUUUUGGUUUGUUCUACGGGAGCCCACACAGUCCACUCAUUGUAUGGGCAUGGAUAUGGAUGUCUCAGUGGUUAGAGCGCAAAAUUACUGACAGGAAGGUCUGUGGUUCAAACCCAACCCCUGCCUCUCGACUUCUCUUCUCUAGGCACUACCCCAGCCCUCGUGCCUCCUUCGGCUCACUAUCGACUCACAUUCCAAGAAUGCCUUUAUUCGGUAAACCAAAAAGCCCAAAAGAGUUGAUUCAGAGCAUACACGAAAACUUACUGAUUCUGAGCAGCAGCCAAUCGAAACCCGAGAAGGAACGUCGGAAAGCGGUCGAGAAUAUUGCAGUCUCACUGAACAACUUGCGUGAACUGUUGACCGAUAAAUCGGACACUCGACUGACUGGUCGAGAACGAGAUGCCGAUCUAUCGAAUUCGGAAAGAACCCGAAUCAAUGAGAUCAUCACUGACAUCACGCACGAACUGAUCAAUUUGAACGUCCUUCCUCUAUUAAUUGCUAACUUGGAUGCAAUUGAAUUUGAGAGUUCCAAACAUGUGGUUGAUUUGUUCGGUCAUGUGAUGCGACGUCAAGUGGGCUCGUACAACCCAUGCGCUCAGUACCUGUUGGCAAACCCGAACAUUUUGGUCUCUCUACUUCACGGGUACUCGAGACCAGAUCGAGCCAUUCAUUAUGGGGCGAUCCUUCGUGAUGCCUGCCGGCACGAAUCUCUUGCCAAAGUGGUUCUCUCUUCCCCGGAGUUCUAUCAGCUGUUUGACUAUGUUCAAGGCACGGCGUUCGAUGUCAGUUCGGACGCGUUCUCCACUCUAAAGGACUUACUAACGCGACAUAAAACGCUAGUCGCUGAAUUCCUGAGCACGAACUAUGACGAAUUUUUCAAACACUAUUCGAACAUGAUUGCAGCGGAAAACUACGUCACAAAUCGUCAGGCCCUGAAAUUGCUGGGUGAACUGCUGUUAGAACGGCAUAACUUUUCCGUAAUGACAAGGUAUAUCGCGGAUCCGGAGAAUUUGAAAAUCAUCAUGAAUUUGUUGAAAAGCGAAAAGAAACAAAUUGCGUUCGAAGCCUUUCACUGCUUCAAAGUUUUUGUUGCCAACCCGAACAAACCUCAAUCAGUGCACAUGAUCCUCUUCCGGAAUCAGGAGAAAUUGAUUUCUUUCCUGUCGAAAUUCCAAACUGAGCGGACCGAUGAUGGUCAGUUCAACCACGAAAAAGAGUAUCUCAUCAAGCAGAUUCGUGAUCUCAAAGCAUUACCAAACUCCUCCUCCAACCCCUCCCUUGCCCAAGUUGGAUCUGCCGCGCGUCCCACCUAGUUUGGAGGGGAAUGGCGGUGUGAUUUCCUAACCUCCGCCGGGUUACAGCAACUCCAACCGAGCAUGCAUACUUAAGCCUGAUGCAUUACGCCAUUCACCUAGUAGUCGGUUGCUGCUUCCUCGUGGAUCGAUACUCCUGACUCGUAGCAGAUAAUUCGCACACACUCGCACAGCCGAUAGAGAUAGCGGUCGUUUUGUGCUUCACACUUUUCAACCAUAAGGCUAUGAUUUGUCCACUACGACCGUUCUCGCCAUCGCUCUCAAUCCCCGUAUGUCUCAGAAACUUAUUUCAUCGCUAUGCUUGUCACAUGUUCUCCUAUCGUCCACUUCAAUAGUUUGAUUCUAUGGUGUUUGUUGGCCUUAGGAUUUUGAGUAACUGCGCUGUCUGUAAAUAUUUUGACAUGUCACAUUCUGCUCUGUCCUCUCCCGUCGCCAAAUUUUCUGACGUGACCACCAUUCCUCCCAACAGUGCCUAAACAAAGCACUUUCUCGCUUAUUGUUUUUACAGUUAUUUUACCGAUUUCGAUCUACCCCUUCUCUGACCUUGGUUAGUGUUGAAGCAGGUUUUCUCAGUUUGUUUGCUCAUCCGAUUGGCUAGUCACGGUUCCCUCGUUUCGUUCUCUGCAGCGUUGAUUUCUCCACCACAUUUUGUUGAAUUUUGAUUAUUUCCUCUUCCCCUGUCCUCCCAUAGACCCUGCACAUCCUCGGAACUGGGGGCAACAGCGUCAAGCUGUUAUUUUUCAUUGUUUGUUCUUUGUUUUGUUUUUCGUUUCUGAGGCAUCGUUGCCAUGGAAUCCAUGGGUUCCUGUGGGCUUUCUUUGUACCUUCCUUUCACCUGCCUCUUCAUUGCCUGAACCUUUUGUAGAGUAGCACAUCGAUAAAUGCUUCGUUUUGC